AUGAGUACAGCUGAAAAAAAGAGACGAGGAAGACGACGUGGUGGAGGGCUACGGAAGCACCAGGAGAUUGAAAAUGUAAAAGUAGAGGAGUCUUUUACACUUCAUCAUGGGCCCACGGGAAAGUCAGGAGAAGGAUGUUAUGUGAGCGCUACCACAUCCAACAACAAGAGAUACUAUGGUGUCAUGGUCGACCAGUCUGCUCUCAAGGAGGCAUCGAGUCUAUGGUUUCAAGAUCAAGCAGAUUCGUUGGAACUCAAUAGAAGGAUGAAAUUGAUUCUGGACAAGGAGAAAGAAGAAGAAGCAAAGCAAGCCGAGGAAGGAGAUGACUCGCAGCCAAACAAGCGCCAAAAAGUAGAGGAAAAGACAGAGCUCCCGCCAUCCGCGAAGAAUCAAUCUGUCCAAAAAUUCAAGUAUGUGAGGUCGACAUCAUCUAGCCUAUCAGAUUACAGGCAGUUACUAGCAACUUUUCUGAAUGUGAAUGAGGCAAGUGAAGGAGACUCUGCAAAGAGAGAACGCAUUCUGAAUGCCUGUGAAAGUGGAGGAGAUUUUGUUGGACCAGAUUACUAUCAAUAUGAAGUGCCACCUGCAACACUGACAUCACAAAUAGAAAAGGCGGAAUCGAAUGAGGGGUGGAGAGCAUCCAUGUCGUUGAGUACCUUUCUAAAUGAUACCCAAUUGCCUCCAUUCUAUCCAUUGUCCAACCUCCAAUCCGGAAAUAAUCGGGUCCUCGGUAUGCUGAACAUGAAACGUGAUAAUAGUGGAAAUGUUGUCUGGGACAAGAACUCAACAACAAACGCUGAGGCGGAAGCGGCUCUUCUUGCUGGUGGAACCCGGCUGCAGUCAGUUCCAAUGCAAACCAGGUCGGGGGAGUAUUACAAAAUUGGAGUAAUUGGUGGUGGUAUCGCAGGGUUGUCUUGCUGCCUUGAGUUAUUAACUCUCCUGAAAAACGAAGGAAUCAAGGCAAAGGUGACGCUUUUGGAGGCGCGGUCGAGGGUUGGUGGCCGUCUUUUCACGGAGAAAUUCGUGUCACCAAAAGAUGGAUCCACCGUACCGAUGGAGCUUGGGGCUUCUUGGAUUCAUGGAAUCGAUCACAACCCUUUGGCCGCAAUGUGUAGACGUGCAAAUAUUGAUUUCGUUACCGCAUCGGAAGAGGUUGUGAUGAUUGAUGAAAAAGCCAAAACGGUUGACGAAAAGAUGGAUGAGCGAAUGGGGCAACUCUUCGAUGAUUUACUCGACCACGCGGCGGAGGAUUGCUGGACUCCUUCGGACGCGGGUUCACAGCAAAAGGCAGUCAAGUGGUACGCUUCUGUGUUUGCAAAGCCAAAAGAUGAAAAGAGCGAGUCGGAGAAAGUCCCGCAGCCUACUGGUGUGCCACUUCAUCGAAAGUCGACUGACCAAACGGUUGACUAUGAGAUUGGAAAAGCAAUCUCAAAACACAAGCUGAGAGAAUUUUCGAAACUGGGAAGUGCGGAACACAGGAUGUUGCUAUGGAAUACGAAAAACGUCGAGUAUGCGCUCGGAUCGAACCUGGCAGACCUGUCGAUGAAAUUUUGGGAUAGCGAUGAGCGCCAUGCAUUUGAAGGGGACCAUGUCAUGCUCAAGCAAGGAUAUGGUGCUGCUGUCGACUACAUGCUGGAAACUUUGCAAGCACAAUCGGAGUAUUUUGAACUUGUGAAGGAUUAUCCUGUGGGAAAAGUUGAAUAUGCGCGGAAGUCAGCCACGCACCAGUAUGGAGGUGAUAGCUUUGGCACAAGUCGCAAGCUUGUGGAAAUGUCUGAUACUUGUAGUGUUUCAAAGCAAGAUGGCACGGAUACCAAGUAUUUUGACUUCUUGAUAUGUGCUGCGCCUUUGGGUGUAUUGAAGGAAGCGACGCAGUAUCCGUCAUUGGAUGGUAGCGCUACCACACUGUCCUUUCAGCCUGCACUUCCAUUCUCAAAGAUUGAUGCGAUUACAAACGUUGGCUUCGGGUUAUUGAACAAAGUCUACCUAUGUUUCGAUUCUGCCUUUUGGAGGUCCAAGGGUCUCUUUGAAAGCAGGGACCAAUGCCUUUUUGGGAACGUGACUGGAAAACACCCCCAUCAUUACAUGUUUUUUGAUGUUGGAAAGAUUAUUGGAGACAAGGGUGAUGACUCCCCAGCCAUGUUGAUGUCGCUUAUUUCUGGAAAAGAAGCAGUCAAGUGCGAACACCUUUCAGAUGAAGAUUUGGUCUCCGAAGUCAUGGAAAGCCUGCAAAUCAUGUUUUCGAACCAAACGCUCCCGAAGCCAAAGUUCCAUCGUAUCACUAGAUGGGGAAAAGAUAAGUUCUCUCGUGGAUCAUACACUUUCUUGCCACCGGGGGCAACGGAUCAAGAUUUCCAGAGUCUACAAUCGCCAAUAAAUGGAAAUGGCGAUUCGCUUUGGGUAGAAGGAAACGAGACCAUGAGAGUAUUCUUUGCUGGAGAGCACACAACGGCGUUACAUCCAAGCAUGGCGCACGGGGCGAUGCUUUCUGGUCAGAGAGCAGCAGCAGAAGUCAUUUCGACAAUUCUAUUCAAAUCAGAUUCUGAGAAGGAGAUUGAUCGACUGAUACCAGAACCGCUCUUCAGAUACAAAAAUCCUUUGGCGGAACUCAAAUGUAGCCUGUGUCACAAGGAUGGUGGCACAAUACGGGAGGGCCGACUAGUUGCAUUCAAGCGCGGUUCAAGGCAAGUCCUAGUACACAACAACUGUGCCGAAAACUGCCCCGAGGUCGAAGUCGUCGACUCGAAGUGGAAACAUGUGAUCAAGGCCGUAAAUCGCGGAAAAGCUUUAAACUGCGACAUCUGCAAGAAGAAUGGGGCCACCGUUGGUUGCACAGGAGAAAAUUGUUUCCGAAUUUUCCACUUUGCAUGCGCGGAAGACACUGGGUGGCGUUUCGAUCGAGACAGCAAAGUAUUUUAUUGCGAUUUACAUCGCCCACCACCCGAGUCAACCGACCAAUGCGACAGAAUAUCACUUGAGUUCUAUUUGAGGAAGAAUUCAUCGUCUCCGGUUGUUUGCGCCUUUUGCCAAAAGGGCAACAGUGCUGUCAGCAGUAGUGAUUUGCUUGCCUUUCAAUGUGGCACUCGCAGAAUCUGCGCUCAUGAAAACUGUAUUAAACUCACCACAAUUAUCGAUACGUCUGAGGCGGAACACAGCAGAAUGGGAAAAGAGUAUCGAAAUGUCUUUCGUGCGUUUGACAUGGCGAAAACCUGUACUUGUUGUGAACGUGGCGGGGCUACUAUUACAUGCAGUGAGGUCUCCUGUGCUUCGAUAUACCACUAUGGGUGCGCCAUUGAAUCUGGUUGCAGUUUUCAAAACAAAAAGCCAUUUCUUUGCAAACUCCAUCGAAACAGGAAUUUGAAGCCUGCAUUCAAAGAAGUGCAGCCUGCGGAAGAGCAGGAUGUAGAUCCAAAUAAUUUCCGGCAUGAUCUUUUCAAGCCUAUUACAAGUGCAAGCGGUCAAGAGCGCGUAAGCUUACCAUCGAAUGAAGGAAUGGGCUUCACAGUCCCUGUCAUCAAUUCGAGUGAAAACACAAUCGAGAUUAGUGACGAUUCAUCAGAUGCAAGCGAAUCGUCGACGGAAGAGGAGCUUGAUCCUCAGGUUGUCAUGAACGCACGUUUGUCGUGCGAGGCGACAGAUCCGCGGCAUAUGGUACGCUUGAAACGGCCUUUGUCUGACAGCAAAUGGGACAUGUCUCUUCGAGUUGAUGGUAAGGAUCAAUCACACUAUUUGGUAGUUGCAUCGGUUUCAGAUACUGGAUACUCGAAUGGAUUGAAAGUUGGAGAUAAGAUCGUUUCCAUAGAUGGGAAGAAGAUUGGUACAUGCGAUAUCCGCUGCUUUGAAGAUGUUUUGGUUCAGUUGCAAAAGGAACUUUCGCUGGAAGUAGAAGUUGCCAGACCAGCCCAUUAA